UUGCGCAAGCGCACUAAUUACAUCUUCCUAGGCUUGCCUGCCACAGGUUUCCAAUUGAUUGCUCGUUGGGAAACUCAGGUGGGAUCUGAGGCUCAGAAAUCCCGUGCUGGUAGGUGGGCGCAGGCGCAGCGCGUGCUCUCGCAAGCUGGCCCGGGGCGAGUAGAGCUGCCAGGUAUGAAGCAGCAUUCCUGUUGCCGCCUCCCUGCCCUCUGUCUGCCAAAACAAACCUCACCCGAAACAGACCUACUACCGUCUAACCACUCUCAAAAACUGGUAACUCCAUUCUUUCAGAUACUUUUGCCAUAUGAAGUUGAACAUGGCAGAAGAAGAGGACUAUAUGUCUGACUCCUUCAUUAAUGUCCAACAAGACAUCAGACCAGGAUUGCCAAUGCUGAGGCAAAUCCGAGAGGCCCGUCGAAAAGAAGAAAAGCAACAGGAAGCUAAUUUGAAAAAUAGGCAGAAGAGUUUAAAAGAAGAAGAACGAGAAAGACGUGACAUUGGGUUGAAGAAUGCACUAGGCCAUGAAAACAAAGGGUUUGCUCUGCUCCAAAAGAUGGGAUAUAAAAGUGGUCAGGCCCUUGGCAAGAGUGGAGAUGGUAUUGUUGAGCCAAUUCCUCUCAACAUCAAAACAGGGAAAAGCGGCCUUGGUCAUGAGGCCUUGCUGAAGCGGAAAGCAGAGGAAAAGCUAGAAAGCUACAGAAGAAAGAUUCACAUGAAAAACCAAGCUGAAGAAACAGCCGCAGAGGAGUUUCGGCUGCGAUUUAAGCAUAAGCAAGAUGAAGUGAAGCUGGAAGGGGACCUGAGGAGAAGCCAGCGUGCCUGCCGGCAGUUGGAUACUCAGAAGAACAUUCAGGUUCCCAGGGAAGCAUGGUACUGGUUGGGGCUCGAAGAGGAGACUGAGGAAGAGGAGGAGGAAGAAAAAGAGCCAGAUGAAGAUGAAUAUAAGAGUGAAGACUUAAGUGUACUGGAAAAAUUACAAAUAUUGACUGGUUAUUUAAGAGAAGAACAUCUGUAUUGUAUUUGGUGUGGAACAGCCUAUGAAGAUAAAGACGACCUCUCUUCAAAUUGCCCAGGACCAACUUCUGCAGAUCACGACUAAGAUUAUUCUCAAUAAAGAUAGAAACUUGGAAAA